AUGAAGAAAAUAUGUGAAAAAGAAGCAUUUAUAAGACAACAGAUGACGAAGCUAGCACAAAAUGAAAUAGAGCACAAAAACUCCAUUUCAAAUUUCAAUACAAGAUGUCAAGAUCAUCCAACUGAAAUAUUUAUAGUAGUGGUACCUCUUAGCGUGAAAUUGGUGAACACACUGUAUAAUGUAUAUCAUAUUACUAUUUUAAACCAUGAAGAAAUUAACAAAGAAGAGUUAGAAUCUGAUCUUCCAAGUAAUGAAACAUCUAUUGAAGAAACUAUAAUGAUGGAUGUUGAAAAUUCUCCAAUUAAUAACCAAGACACCAUUUUUAAUGAAUAUAAUAAUUGUGAUAUUAUGUUUAAAGCAUUUGAUGAUGCAUUUGAAACUAUGUAUGGUACUAAUGAAGUGAGCUUUAUUCACAUUCAGAAAAUAUCUGAAGAAUUCCAAGCAAAUUGUAUACAUAUGAUAAAUACAUUUAAAACCCAAAGUGAAUCACUUGAAAUCGAAAAAUCCAAGUAUAAUUUACUGGAAAACGAGUCUGCUACUACUAUAAAUCAGUUACAAUUGGAAGUCACUAAACUAAACUGGCAACUCAAACAACAAUCUUCAUUUAGUUCUAUUAUUGGGUCUACACUAUGUUACUAUCUAUGGAAAGCAACACAAAUAUCUUCAGUAAUUGAUAUGGUUUUACAAAAAGAUAAUAUAACAAGUAUGGCUAAAUUUAUAACUAAUAUACUUAGUGGUUUUAUUAAAACAUAUAAUAAGCAGAUGCCAUCAAUAAAAACAAAUGAAACACAAUUUGUGUUACUUAUUUUGAGAAUACUAGCUAACCUAACAACCACAAAAAGUGGUUGUCACUUUUUUUCACAAGUAAAUGAUGGAAUUAAUAUUACUAAUCUUAUUGUGUCUUUGGUGUUGUAUACACCUCCCUCACUUGAUAUAUUAAAGAAUACUUCUUAUUCAAUAUUGUACAAUGUAAGUAUUCAAUUUAAUGGAUACUUGCUUAUGAAAAACAUUAAACUUAUACAAACAUUACAAAUUGAUAUCAAAGAAGCACUUACCAAGAACAACAACACAAUUCUGUUUUCUUUAAAUUUACUAUUUGCUUUAACUAGAAAAAUGGAUAGAUCAAUGUAUAUGAUUUUUAAAAAUGAAAUCAAUUUACAAGAAAUACUCAAAUUAACAAAAUAUACUGAGACAGAAUCAAUAGCCAGACAAAUAUAUGAUAACAUUAAUAUUGCAAGUGAAAAAUUUAAUGAUAAGUCUGAAUAA